UUUAUUAUUUAAAACUACAUUUAAUUUAAAAACAUUUUCAAUAAAAUUGCUGAAUGUACACAUUUUACCCGCCAAAUUUACCGUUCGACGCGCCAUGAUGUUACACAUUGUUCGGUGGUAGAAUUCAAAUAAACGUCUCCAGUCAUUCACGUGUAAUGUUUCUUCUGAUCUAUCUUUAAAAAGUUUGUGUAACGACGAAUAUUUAAUAUGAGCGAAGAUAAUUACGACGACAUUCGAAAAAGAAAUAUAGCCGAAAGGGACGCUAUUUUAGCCGAAAUAUUUAAAGAUUUUAAGGAGCAGAAAAAUGAAACAAAACAGGUAACAAAAGAAUAUAAAGACACAGAUAAUUUGGAAAAUCAACCACCGAGGAAGAGACGUAAAACUGUUUCCGGUACUGUUAAUGAUGAUAAUUUUAAAAUUAAUGUACGUCUUGGAUUUCGUAAAAAAUACAACACUAGAAGCAGAGCAAAAAAUUUAGGCAAAAAUAUUUCAAGUACAUCGAGAAAUGACGGAGAGGAAAACGAGGAAAACGAGGAAAACGAGGAGAAUGAAGGUUUAGAGGAACCUAGGGGUAAUAGACGUAAAUUACAUGUUUUAUUCUCUUGGGCAAAACCGUUUCAACGCUCGAUCGAUCUAAUGAAAAUGGGAGUCUGCGAUGUAGACCAGGAAGAUGAAGAUUAUGAUGAUGACGAUGACGACGAUGAUGAUAAUGAUUUUUACAAUUACCCAAACAAGAAAAGAGUUUACAAAGUAACCAGAUCUCCAUACGAUCCAAACAGUAUUCCAUCCAUCGAUGAAAUUACAGAAGACAUGCUAAAUAAUAUAGCAGAGAAAAGUUCUUCGAAAGAUUAUAGUAGCGUUAAUGGAACUAGUUGUCAUCAGUGCAGACAGAAAACUUUAGAUACAAAAACAGUGUGUCGAUCGGGAGAGUGCAUCGGUGUUAGGGGUCAAUUUUGUGGACCGUGUUUAAAAGGAAGAUAUGGCGAAAGCGCUGUUAAAGCAUUAAAAGACCCUAAUUGGGCUUGUCCGCCGUGCCGUGGUCUGUGUAACUGCAGCAUAUGUAGAACAAGAAGCGGUUUACGUCCCACAGGUAUUUUAGCUCCUGUGGCACAUGGGGAAGGAUAUUCAUCCGUUAUGGACUAUCUCAAGUCCACUGAAAUUGAUGACACGUGAUUCCAAUCAUUCAAAAUAAUUUAACUAUCGUAACGAUUAAAUAUCAACGAAUUUAUUUUUGCUAUCAAAUAUACUGUUUAAAGUAAUUAUACUGUGUAUGAAACGAACUUUUUUCAUCUUCUCCUUC